AUGUCCUUCAAAGAUCCGGCAACGGUAGGCCGACUCGAGAGCACGGCCAGAGCAGCACCAAUCAAUAGGCGAAGGAUCAAUUCAUCCGAUCUGUAUCCCAAACUCAAUCUCGAGACUAUCCCGUCUUCACGAGCCAUCCUUUCCUCACUCCCCAAGCACGCCAACCAGACUCACGUCGUGUACACCAAGAUCCAGAAACUCUCCAAAAACCACAACGUCCCCUACGCCUUCUUCAACCACACCUCCUGGAGACCGCAAAGCAACCCUUCAACGCCCCUUCUCUACCUUCCCCACGACAAAUGGGACGAAAACCAACUCUAUUACUACAGGACUCGACCCGAUGUGGGUCGACCUGGUGGCUGGGGCUCCUAUAACCCCUUCACCGAUGCGCAUCCGCCAGGUUUACCGCCUGUGGACAGUUCCAAUGCCAUCGACAACGGGGUCGGGGAUGCUUCGCCAUAUGACCUCUCCCGUGCGGUACUGCGUGAUACGGUCCAGAUCCCCAGCCGCGGAUACGCGGUUCUACGCUUCCGCGCAGAGAAUCCAGGGGUGUGGUUGUUCCAUUGUCAUAUUGUGUGGCAUUUGGCGAAUGGCAUGGCGAUGGUGGUUCCUCUGGUGGGCAGGAGUGUAUGGCUUCAUAGAGUACAUGAUUCUGGGAAAGACCCUCACAUUCGCAAUGCGACAGAGCGGAGCAAGCUGCCGAUGGAAUUAAUUUCUAAGUAUGCUUAUAACCCUUACUAG